AUGGACAACAAGAAAGAAGGAGUAAAUCAUACUAAUUAUUUAGGACAAAAAUAUGUGAAAAUAUCAGACAGCAGUGCAAACUUAGUGUGGUUUCUUCAGAUUUCAGAUAUACAUAUCAGUAUAUUCCGGGACCCUGGAAGAAUUUCACAAUUUCAACAAUUUUGUGAUAACACAGUGAAGAAAAUUAAUCCAUUAUUAGUGUUGGCCACUGGAGAUCUUACUGAUGCAAAGGCCAAAGACAACUUGGGGAGUUCCCAAGUUAAAACAGAGUGGGUGUACUACCACAAUAUUAUAAAAGAGUCAGGGGUGACUGACAGUACUGUCUGGUUAGACAUAAGAGGAAAUCAUGAUAAUUUCAACAUUGGUACAAUUAAUUCUCAAGAGAACUACUUCAGAAAUUUUUCAGUUCAAGGAAAACAUAAUGUCAAAUCCUAUGUUCAUUAUGAAAAUAAAAAUGGUGUAAAUGUUGCAUUUUUGGGUAUUGAUGCCUGUCCUGAACCAGGGCUCAGGAGGCCUUUCAAUUUCAUUGGCAUCCUCGAUGUACAAGAGCAGUUAAAUAUACUAAGACUAAAAGCAGAAGCUGAGGCUAAGGCUGAUCAUAUUGUUUGGUUUGGACACUAUCCAAGUUCCUGCAUAUUACCUCUACGGAGAGAUUCUGACAGUUUCAAUUUGCGUCAAAUUAUUGGUUCCAGCCAAGAGUCACAAGUGUAUGUAUGCGGUCAUUUACAUUCUAUGGGUGGUUUAGUGACAAAAAUGUACACGAAACAGAAAAAAGGAUUUUUGGAACUUGAGUUAGGAGACUGGAAAGAUAACAGAAUGUACAGAUUAGCAGCUAUUGACCAUGGUCAUUUUUCAUUUGUUGAUCAUAAACACAAUGUUUGGCCACUAGUGCUUGUUACAAAUCCUAAACACGCUCGGUAUACGAUGCCUGGAAGAGAACCUUUGCAUUUAAUUCCCGAGUCAACUCAUAUAAGAAUACUUGCAUUUAGUGAUGUUAAGAUUGUUAGCGUACAAGUAACAUUUGAUAGAAUAAGUUGGAUGACCUGUAAACACAUUGAAGGACCUCUAUAUACCUGCCAAUGGUUGCCUCAUUUGUUUAGCACGGGUUUACAUACUGUUUAUGUAAGAGUUAAAGAUGAGUUAGAUAAAGAAGCACUACUUGAACAUCCAUUCACGUUAGAUGGAAGUUUAAUGAAUUUUGAUGUACCUGGAAGAAUUUUGCUUAUGUUGAAUGCUGGUGCUGUGUUUCAGGCAAUAUUUGGAACACUCUUGUUGGUAAACGUGCUUCCUCUAGUCUUUUUAAGGCUGCAAAAAUCACCACCAAAGUAUCGAAGAAGAUUUGGACGAAUUAUGCUAAGACGCAUUUGGCUACUGACCAAACUCGAUAGAGUAUUUUAUCCCUUAGUAUUAUAUGUAAUAUACAUACCGAUUGGACCAUGGGCGAUAGGGGAACUUAUCGAUGGCCACACAGGUGCCAUCUUUGCCUGGGUGCCAUAUAAGAGGAAUACGGCGACUUAUUAUGAAUUUGCCGUUUGUGUUUCUGUUGUCAAUACAGUUGCUAUUAGCAUACUUCUUUUGGUUGGAAUAUGGAACAAUGUCUUUUAUGUUUGGACCAUUGAGAACAUGGAGUGUCGCUUUAAGUGUACUACUGUGGUACAAGACACUGAAUUUGCCACCAGAACAAUGCAGAAAGCUGAUAAAGUUGAACGAAUUACCUUCAUAGUAUUGUCAGUUAGAUAG